CCCAAAUUAACUUAGUUCAAUCUCAGCUAAUUGAGAUUCUCUCUGCUGAUUACUGGCAUAUUCAAGGCUACAAACCUUUAGGCAUCCUAAUCGAAACCGCCAGAUAUACUAUAUGUCAAGGUACUCUGUAAUAGGUUGAAUCUCAUAGCCGUCUCUCAUAAGAACCAUUUCGUCUGAAGAAGUUUUAUGGUUGUACCUGAAUAUCACGGUUAAAGUUUCCCAGCCUUUGACACCACCAGAACUCUAUUGGGGGAGCAAUAAACGUGUCAAAAUCUGAUUCGAGGAAGGUUAGGACUAAUUUUGAAGAAAAAGGUAAUCCGCAAUGCACUUAAAAGUUUUCAACUUUUUAUUAUGGUUAGUACUAUUUCUUUAAGUUUAUGUAUCAAAAGUUUACUCCAUAUGGGUAAACUUUUAUUUCUACAUUUUUCUUUUUAAUGCUAUAGUCUUUGCUGGGUGUUGAGUCUGACCACUUUAUCAAGAAAGUGGUCAGAUUAAUUGUGCGAGGCCGGCAAAGGUUGCCAAUGUCUGAGCUCCUCCUCCAUCUCCAGUUCCACUCCCCUAAAUCCCCAGAUAAGUCAAAACAAAUUCCACCAAGACACCCAUGGGUUCUUCUCUUGCUCACUUUAGAUUAAAUUACUUUUACUUCGAGUGAUUUCUUAAGCAGAGAGCAUCUCCAGCCAACACUAAAGUCAAAUCUAGUAAUGUAUCCUUAUCAACAACACCCAGCAACCCCUUACAGGUAUUUCAUCAAACACCUAUUAUGCACAACCUGAGAAGUUACAAACCUUCCCUUCUCAAUUGUCUUGACACACCAAUAAUCAAAUUCAGCCUUCAAAACACAUCUAGAAACAUAUACGUAUUCUCAAAUUAUAGCUGCGGCAACCAAAACUACAAUAAAAAGAAUAAUACUUAUCCUAAACUCCAGCGGCUAAAAAGAGAAUUUUGACUACAAAACCAAGGAGAAAAGCACACAAAUUGCUGAAUAGAAUUGGCGUUAUGCGCCUCUUAUUGGGAUUGCACUUCGAUUGAGGAAAGUAACACAUACUCUUGUGCUCUUGUCGCAAAAGAGUAACCCUUGGAUGGGGAGGAUGGCCCUGCGCGCUAUCGAAGGGAUUACUUAAAUUUAAUAGUUUAAAUUAUGUAGUUUUAAUUGCAUAAUAUAUAUAUAUAUAUUUUUAAAGAAAUUUUAGGGUGAGAAAAGUCAGAUAGUUCAAGACCAAACUAACCAUAUGCUGCAAUGGAGAUUUAUAAUGAUAUUUAUAUAUUGUGAAACUCGAAAUUAAUAAUAGACUGUCCAUGAGUUU